AUGAUAAAAGGACAUUCUGAACCGACCCUAAAUGAGCUCAGCUGCUGCACUUGCGAGGGCCACCAUAGCGGUGCUAAGUCGAGUCUGCCGCUGGUCUGCCUGGUUCCUCGCGAUGGAGCAUCUUCGGAAGCCAGGACAAAGCCCCGGCCUGCAUCAGCUGGGCCCACAACUCAAAAUGAUUUCCAGUUGCUCGACGAGGAGUACAUCAGGAAAAACUUUAAGUUGCCACAGAGGGCGUUGUAUUUGGACCCGUAUAGACGCCCCCUUAUAACCUUUCCGAUGACACAAGAAGACUGUAAGCAUUUCAACUUAGCCAGAAAGUAUAAGAUUAACCAACAAAUAUUGGACGGUUACUUGGAUCCCGGAGAAUCAAUAUCUGCGCCGAGCGUUUUCCCAUAUAUGAAAACGAAGGCAGAAAAGCAAAGCGAAGCUGAUGAUGAUGAAGAAAUAAUAUACAUAUUACAGCUUCCUGAUUAUGUAUACAAAUGUCCUUUGCAUAGUCAAACCAUCAGAACGCCACGGUUCAUUUGGCAUUCUUGUAAGAAAUCAAAGAAGGAAAAAGGCGGCGAGUUGAAACGAGGUGGAGGACCGUUGAAUAAACCAAAACCUUGGCUACUCAGCAGACAUACAGACUUUGACUUGUUAUCACAAUGGUGA